UGAUGGCACAGUGUUCAGCAAAAACACAAUCACACAACAAAGACUCUCAUCAGUGACCAGGACGUCUUCAGUUCUUCACUGAUCAGUGUCAACUGACUUGUUGCCACGAUGGUUGUCGGCAAAGUCACACUGGAGUACCCGGUGGCCGUGUCGGUCGAGCUGCUGUGGAAGGUGGCCUUCUCCGGUGACGUGUCCAUCUUCACCAAGGCCUGCGUUGGCAUGAUUGAUGCCAUCGAGGUCGACGGUGAUGGCGGGCCCGGGAGCGUCACCACCAUGAAGCUCAACCCUGCCGUGAGCGACGCGAAGGUGUUCAAGACCCGGCUCCUGUCGCGCGAUGCGGCGGCGCGCGUGGUGAAGUCGGAGAUGGUGGUGGAGGGCGAACUGGCCGGAAAGUUCAAGUCACAGGUGUCCGAGGUGAAGGUGGUGCCGGCCGGCGACGGUGCCAGCGUGGCGCACAUGACGGUGGAUUAUGAGCGGGUGGACGGCACGCUGCUGCCGCCGGAGGAGGAGGCCAGGAUCGGGCAGGGCUACCUCGGCCUCAUCAAGAAGGUGGAGGAGUACCUCGUCGCGCACCCUAGCGAGUUCGCCUAAAGCUACCAUGAGCAUCGCCCGUGUUAAAUAAAUUAAAUGAUGGUUAUCGUGCUGUGUGUUUUUUAUUUCAAAAUCGGAAUAAUGAGAGGAAGUGAUCCUCUGCUUGGUCCGGUGAUUGUGCUUGUGGGGAAACAACAGUUUCAGUUUUUGUACCAACAGUUUAUAUUCUACAGUACGGUCUUUAUUAUUAUU